AUGUCGACAGCAAAUUUCAGUAGCGGUGGAAGUCACACGAAACCAUUUGGAGAACUACUAUGCUCUCCCUCAUUGGUGGGUGGGCUUCAACAACAACUAUCAAUUUUUUUCUUAACGGUUGACAUUCUUCUCUCCAUCACAGCAUUUGCUGGAAAUUCUCUUAUCCUUGUGGCUCUUCACAAGGAAUCUUGCCUGCAUCCGCCGUCCAAACCCCUGUAUCGUUGUCUGGCAACCACUGAUCUGUUGGUUGGUCUUGUUGUCCAGCCUCUUUAUGCUGCAUAUUUGAUGUCGGUGGUUCAAGAACACUGGAGCCUUUGUCGAUACGCAUAUUACGCAGUCUUCAUCACCGGUAGUGUAUUGUUUUUGGUAUCUCUGAUGACGAUGACAGCCAUUAGCGUGGACAGACUUCUCGCCCUGAUGUUGGGGCUGAGAUACAAACAAAUUGUAACUUUGAAGCGCACGUAUAUUAUUGUAACUACCUUUUGGGUUUUUACUCUUGUCGCCUCUUUAUGUGGAAUUUUUUAUCGCCGUAUAAUCCUUUUGUAUAGCAGGCUAGUUACAUCAUUUUGCCUGAUAAUAUCACUCAAAUCGUACGCAAAGAUUUUUUGCACUCUCAGAUAUUAUCAAGCACAAGUAGGAGAUCAACAACAGUCGAGCCAAACAAAAGCACAGAACAUGGCACGAUUCAGAGAGGCAGUGUACAGUGCACUUUGGGUGGAGUUAGUAUUAGUUGUUUGUUAUGUACCAAUAUAUGUACUGGGAAUUGUGAUCACUCAUACUAAAAAAUAUUCAUUACUCUCGGUCGUCACAUGGGAAGUAGCAGUUACUUUACUUUACUUUAACUCGACGUUAAACCCGUUCCUAUACUGCUGGAAGAUUAGUGAAGUGAGACAAGCAGUGAAGCACACAGUUAGACAAGCACUUUGCUGA